AUGCCUAUUAUCAAAGUUAGUGAUAAAGAAAAGUUAAGACUGUUAAAAAUAUUGGAUUCUCGUAAAACGUUAUCGUGCGCGUUCAGAACCUGGGAUCUCUGCGAAUAUCCAGUGCUACCUAAAAAUACUUUACAUUCGUGGACUGUAAAGUCUAGCAAUUUACUCGAAAAACCUAGAUUUGUAUUGAUUGGAUUUCAAACAGAUCGAAAAAAUAAUAUAACACUCGAUGCCGGUCGAUUCGACCACUGUAGAUUGAAAAAUCUUAAGGUAUACUUAAAUUCUGAAGCGUAUCCGUACGAAGAUUUUCGAGCAGACUUCCAAAACAAACAAACGUCGAUACUGUAUAAAGCUUACACAGAUUUUCAAAAAUCGUACUACGAAAGAGACUACUGCGAGCCGUUACUGUCAAAACAUAUUUAUCAAAACCAUGUACCAAUCGCCGUUGUCGAUCUAUCGCAUCAAAACGACAAUGUGAAGUCGUCAACCGUGGACCUACAGACAUCUGUAAGACAAUAA